AGGUGACUGUGUGGAAAGCAGAUUUCUCUUUAAUAAUUUGAAGAAACCGAAGUAGCCUAAUCCAAUGGAAAUGAAUUUUCCGUUCGGGACAACUUUUGCCGCAGGGCACCAGUUUACAACUGCCAAAUUUGCUCAGCAGGUUGGUACCACUGGAGGAGGACAGGUGGUAGGACUGUUGAGUUCAGACGAGCAAGGAGUAACGUACCUAAGGCCAGUCGACGCUGGUAACGGAGCGUUCACAAUAAGCCUUCCACAAGCUUCUGGGAACAACUCCCAACACAAUCAGCAACAAAUCAUGGCGCUGCCGAUCAACAUGGGUGGAUCUGGCAAACCGGGUGAGAUGACCCAGCAGCAACCUCUACAGAUUCAAGUGGUGAACCCGGCAGAUGGGUCAGGCGGGGAGAAGUACUCAAUUCCUCUCACUCUGGCUCAUUUUCCUCAAGGACAGGGAAUGGAAAACUUAGUCCUAGGUGUAAUCGACCCAAAUACACUCGCUGCGUCGGGAGGCAUAAAAAUGAUUACAUUGGCGUAUAGUCCAGCGCAAGGGGGAACAGAUGGAAUACAUUUACAGUUGCAACAAGCCGACGAGAAUGGAGAAGUACGCCAAGAUGGUGGUGAUCAACAAGAAGUUCAACAUCAACACCAGGAGGCGCAACAACAACAUAACAAUAACAACAGUAGCACACAGACCACGCAGGGAAUGCACUGCGAUGAAAUGGUGCUACCUGAUGUCAAGCCGAUGCUGAGCGAAGGCGAGGGGUCCAGUCAGGCGUACCCUGUCGCUGUGGUCGCUCAGAUUACUCCGGACAUGUUAGCUGUGCGACAGGAAGACAUGGAGGGCGACAAGAGCCAAAAAGAUAAGGACAAGGGAGGAAACGAUGAUGGGAAGGUGAUUACAGUCCAGGAUGUGAAUAGUGAGGCAUUCACAGCAUGGCAGUCCAAUGCGGCAAUGGCCGACUAUUUGCGGAAUAUUCAAUCUGCCAAUCAAAAUGCGCUUAACAUAUCUCACUUCCUUAAGUUCUCCGCAGAAACUAUCAAAAGGGAACAGGCCAUCGAAAGCAGUCCGCUGAGCACGGCCAAUGAGAGUGAAGAGGCUACAGUAGAUAUGCAGCAGACUGUCGCAGGGGAAGAGCAAGCCGACCCCAACAAUCCUGAGGGCGGUUCGGCUCCAAAGAAAAAGAAGAAGUACAAGAAGAAAGCGCCAAAGCCACGGCGACCAAGACCAGGUCAGGUACACAUUGCGACGGCUCUCGACGGAACGACUCUUUUCUGCUGUCCCGAGUGCAACAUGGCCUACCCAGACAAGGAACUGUUAGAACAGCAUCUAGUGGCACACAAGAUCGAGCGCAGAUUUAUUUGUGACAUUUGUGGAGCAGGACUGAAACGAAAGGAACAUUUAGAAAGGCACAAGUUGGGUCACAAUCCAGAGAGGCCGUACAUCUGUAGUGUAUGCUGUAAAGGCUUUAAGCGGAAAGAACACCUGAACCUGCACUUUGUAAUCCACUCCGGAGAGAAGACGGAGGUUUGUCCAGAGUGUGGGAAGGGCUUCUACAGGAGGGACCAUCUGAGGAAACAUGCACGCAGUCAUCUGGCCAAACGGGUCAAGGAUGAACUGCAGCAGGUCGAUGGUAGAGUGAGCCAUGAGUCAAUGAUCCAAGUGACAAAUGUGAUGGGCGCGACGCAGGACGAAGAUGACAACACCGUCGUGUUGCCGGCUGCCGAGUCACAUUCCGUCACACUUACGGAGUCACACCCCAUCGCGCUGGUGCACCACCAGCAACAUUGACCGGUUUGCCACAAGCUGUGAGGUAAUGUCUGCCAAAGUGUCGUCUGCACUACCUCUACUGAACUGACGAACUAUCCACCUUUCGCUUAUUUUGACAUCGAACCCAGGAAAUGUUGAUCAUCAGUUGUACCACUAUUAAACACUCAAAGCAGCAUACGAUUGAAUCAAUCUGCUGUGCAUCUUCAAAACUACUAAAAGUGGCUCUGGACUGUUUAAUACUAGUGUUUAUAAACUGAAUUGUUUUCGUCAUGACUGCAAAACUCUACUUCUUGUCGAUUUAGACAAUUUCCAAUGUUGGUGCUAACAAAAAUUACUAAAACCAAAGGUCUGCAAAUCCAACUGAUUUUUUCAAAGAGAUAAUUCUCAUAUUUUUCAUUUUAGGUUCUGAAAUUUUCCAAAACUAUACUGAGAUUUAUAAGUAAAAAAAAUAUAUUGUAAUGCAUGAUAACUGUAUAUAAGAUUUAACUGAAAAUGAUAAUCCAUUUAAAUCAGUAAGGGCCAUAGAGAAAAAAGUGUAUUGCAGAUUUCUUUUCCAAAAGACAAAAGAAAAACUGAUUGUGUCUUUUUUAAGGUGCGUACGUCAUGUUCAGUUGAUAAUGGUGUAGAUAACCAAAUGUAAAUAGAAAAUACAUUUUUUAACAUGUAAAAUAAGACGGGUUUUUAACAAAACUGCUUUGUUUAAGCACGUCCCUGCAUAAUCGAUUCUAGUUUUUAUUUGUGUAAAUAUUGAUAUAUUUAUAUCAUAAUUUUGUUUGAAUGGGUCUUCACCCAUUACUAAAUGCUUUAUUACGUAACAGAAGUUUAUCGUGUUGUUUUUUUAUUGUUUUAGUUGUUAACGCAAGUUUUAUUCUCAGCUGACUUCUAACGCACAAAUGUUUCUACAUUUGUUUCUUGCCUUUUAACAAUUUGUUAGACAAUUAAUAUUGUCAUUCUUAGUUCUUAAUUGAGUUGUACAAUGAAUUUAAACAUUUGUUGGUUUUUAAUUUUACCCUAAGUUUUGUUUAGAGCAAUAAAUUUUAAUGGCCUUAGAUAAAACAAAGGCUGGAAUAUGAUAAAAGAGUAAUAAGUCUUGGUGUAAUGCAUGUUUAUUUAUGUUAAUCACAUUUUAAAGUUGAAUGAUUGGCAGUUCAAUUAGCUAUGAUGUAUUUUAAUAUUAUUUUUAUGACUUUUUUCAUCUUUAUAGAUUAGGUUUUCUGUCAAUUAAGCAACUGAUAAGUCAGCUGUAAGCAAUUUACAAAAUAGCAUUUUUUGGAUCAGCUGUUUUUUGAAUUGUUGCUUGUAAAUAAUAAAGUUUAUCUGUAAAUAGUAGGUAGAGUGCUUCUAGCACCGAUUUAGCUUUCUAUUAUGACUAUUUAGGAAAGUAAUAUUAUUUUAUCUCCGGAAGUGUAGCAAGACUAUGUCUUCCAAUAUUAGGACCCUCUAAGUUAAUUACGGAGAAUUUGUUUUUAUAAAACAGCUGUUGAAUCAUUCUCUUAGCAGCUGAUUUUAGUGAAUGUAUAAAAUGUGUAAAUUUACAUUUCAUUUUAUAAGGAAAGAAAAGUAUAUUUUUACACAAUUGACUAUAACUACGAUGUACAUAUGAUAUAGUUUAUCUUGUUAUUUUCACUGCACUAGUUUUUUAUCCUGAAUAAUAUAAACAAUUACCAUUUUUACAUAAUAUAUUAUUUUUGUUACUACAUAAUCAAUUAAUUGAGUGGUCGUACCUGUUUUUGGAUUAACAUAAACACUUAUUGUUUCACUAGUUCUUUUAGAUCUUUGAAUUUAGUUGCUACACUUCUUUUUGUAUAACUGAUUAGAAACAUAUUUAUUAAUCAUUGUUAUUUUCUUGUACAUAAUAUAAUGUUAAGUUAUAAAAAUAAUAUUGUACGAUAACUCAUCUAUAGUUUUGGUCCAAAGUCUUUGGUUUUGUCUAAAACAGGUGUUUGUUGUAAGUGAAAACACAGGAUCACUACAAAGUAUGUUUUCUACAAGAUUUUCUACUUUAUAAAGUAAGUUAUUACAUUGGAUCUGUUUGAAAAAUUGAAAGAAUUAUGCCAGGUAUACACUUAAACCCAAGUCUGGUUGAGGCGAUAUUUUUAUAUGUUUUCUACAGUGAAAGAACACAGACCAUUUUAAUUACAAAACCUCUUUUCCAUAUUAGAAGUCGGACCUAAUUACACUAUCCUGAGUAAUAUUUUGUAGUGUAUUUUACUGACAUCAGAAAAACUUCUUACUUUUGACAAAACAUAAAGUUAUCUAGUUAUCCAUUAAAAAUAUAUGUUCUGGCAAAAACUAUACAAACAUAACUAUUCAUACAAAAAAGUUUCAUAUGAAUAUACUGUAGAAAUAAUAUUAAGGUGUUGUGAAGCAGGUUUUCAACACAAUUCUAACAAUAACAUAUUUAACCUUAAUUAAUUAUGAUUUUACUGAUCCAUAAGGCAUUAAAUGUCUUUAAGAUUUAGAAAUGAUAAUAUUUGUGACCUAAAUUAAAUGAGUUCUUUGAAAGAUCAACUAUUGAUUGGAUUUAGGUGUAGCCUCUAUGUUUACAAUAAUCCCCAUCAAAAUUGUUUACCAUAAUUCCAAUUAACUGGUGCUUACCCAUAGUUUUGCCACUUACUUUUGUUAAAACUCAUUUAAACUUGUAUAGUUAUUUUUCACAUUAUAACCAGUACAAUACCUAACCAAUCAAGAUUUUGGACCAAAAGAUUUUCUAAUGUAGUUGAUGUGUUCAUUAACUCCCCAAUUUUGAGGGGAAACAUUUUUAAGGAAAGAUUAUUAUUUUUGUAUCUUCCCCAUUCACCCUUUCUUCUAAUGGUUUUGGUACUUUCUCCGACGGAUAGAACCAAAAAUGUUAUUGUUUUAUCCAGGUUUUUACUCUACUAUUGUAAAAAUUACUGUAUGGUUUUUUUUAAUAGAACGAACUUAUCAAAUAAAAAUCACAUGUUGU